CCACAACCAUUGCCAUGCUCGUCUCCUCCGGCGGCGGCGGCGUCCAACUGCGGCCGUCCCUCUUCGCGCCACGGGGGGCAUAGAUCUACUGAUGCUUCCUUCCAGUGGUACCUCCGCCUCCCUCCACUCUCUUGAUCACCCCCCCUGUUGCCCGCCUGCCCGGCCACGCCUCGUCGCGGGAAUGGCUCGAAUUGGGGCUGCUUCAAGCCGAGGUUCUCAGGCCAAGGGCCCAAGGCGAUAGGAAUGGUUCCUCUUCUCGCCGCGCAUAUGCACCCGAACGAGGCACCAUGGUAUAGCAGCCGCGAUUCCACUCCGUCGCACUCACCGUACUAGGCUCACUGCUCCAACGUCAGAACUUCAGGAGUUCAAUUUCUUGAUGAACGGCCUACGGUGCAGGCAGGGUUCCUGAAUUGAAACGCGACCCGUCGCUUUUGCAACCAAAUCAUUUAAAGCCAGAAGCUAGAUAAGAUUAUGCGCAACACAAUUAUGCAACAAUUGGUGAGGCAUGUGGCAGUAUGCGAUGCCCCCCAUUGGGCAUGGGUCAUUAUGGCCCAGUGUGAAUGCCGGACUUGCCCUGCAUUGAUUCAAUGAUCCUUCAAAAAAAUAUUGCAAUGAUUCAACGAACUGUAUUUCUUUUAUCCCCAGGCCCGAGACUCGUAAGGUUAAAAUACUUCCACUUGCCAUAGGUUGCGCGUCUUUGUUAUCACCAAUUUUUCUUGCUCAGCGUCAUGUGGAUGUGAUUGGAUCCCAUCUGCUGGAGUCAACAAAUGAAGCAAGCGUCUGUAUAAUACUUUCAUGUGAUGGCCUAGAUUCGACAAUCGACAGAGUAUUUUCUGUUGGUUCAUCUAGCCUCGAAUCAGUCCUCUACUCCUCUCCUGAGUGCAGCCUCUUCUUCCUUGUUAUUUCCUUUCCUAGUCUGCUCUUUGCUCCUUCUGUUGGUUCAAACUUCCUGGCCUUCUGCCUAUAUAUAUGCUUCCCUAGCUUUUCUGUGUUUGAUACACAGAUCCUCAUCUUACAGUGCCAUACCCGUAAGUAUGCUUUGUGUUCCAAGUGUUCAGUUGUCUGUGCAUGUAUUUGCGAGAUCCUUUUCACUUGAUGCUUGUUUUUUAAUCGUAGGGCCAUCAAGGUGACUACAGAUAUGGCAUACGAGAAAGAAGACCCUGCGCUUGCUGCAAAUCAGGGAAAAUAUUGGGGGAUUUUCAUAUGCUGGCUUCUGGGAAAUGGAUGCCUCUUUGGGUUCAACAGCAUGCUUACUAUUGAAGAUUACUACAUGUACCUUUUCCCGAAGUACCACCCCACUAGAGUUAUUACACUGACAUAUCAACCAUUCGUCCUUGCCACAACUGCCAUAUUCACAUAUCAUGAGGCAAAGGUCAACACUAGGUUGCGCAAUUUGGCGGGGUACACUCUGUUCUUCUUGAGCUCAUUUGCAGCAAUCAUUAUGGAUGUUGCAACUUCAGGAAGAGGUGGAAUUGCACCUUUUCUUGGCAUAUGUAUCAUUGCUGCUGUUUUUGGGAUCGCUGAUGGUCAUGUUCAAGGUGGGAUGACAGGUGAUCUCUCUCUGAUGUGCCCAGAGUUUAUCCAGUCCUUCUUUGCUGGACUAGCUGCAUCAGGAGCGAUAACCUCUGCAUUGAGGUUUGUAACAAAAGCAGCUUUCGAGAAUUCCCGAGAUGGACUUCGCAGAGGAGUUAUGCUCUUCUCCUCAAUAUCAUGCUUCUUUGAGCUGCUGUGUGUUCUGCUAUAUGCUUUUAUCUUCCCUAAGUUGCCAAUUGUUAAGUACUAUCGUUCAAAAGCAGCUUCAGAGGGAUCUCUAACAGUCUCUGCUGAUCUUGCUGCUGGUGGAAUCCAAAAUCGCCCAAAUCCAAAGUCUGAAGAGGACCCUGCAUGUGUUGAGCGAUUGAGCACCAAGCAGCUGCUACUGCAGAACAUAGACUAUGCAUUGGACAUGUUCUUGAUCUAUAUAUUGACUUUGUCCAUCUUCCCGGGGUUUUUAGCCGAAGAUACUGGUUCACACAGCUUGGGCUCUUGGUAUGCACUUGUCUUGAUUGCGAGCUACAACGUGUGGGAUCUGAUCGGAAGAUAUGUACCUCUGAUUGAACAGAUCAAGCUGAGAUCUCGGAAGGGGCUUCUAGUCGCUGUGGUUUCACGGUUAUUGCUCAUCCCUGCAUUCUACUACACCGCAAAGUAUGGCGAUCAGGGCUGGAUGAUCAUGCUAACGUCACUUCUGGGUUUGAGCAACGGGUAUCUCACCGUGUGCAUCCUCACUGAGGCACCCAAAGGGUACAAGGGACCAGAACAAAACGCUUUGGGCAACUUGCUUGUGCUGUGCCUCUUGGGAGGCAUCUUCUGCGGGGCCGUCCUCGAUUGGGUGUGGCUCAUAGGCAAAGGGUGGUGAUCAGAUCAUGUAGCGAGUUCUUCCUGUCGGUGCCCUCCGGUGUGUGGUUUCAAUCAACAGCCAAGCAGCAUUUGGAUCAUCUUCUGCCAACGAUUUCACUUCAUAUCGCGCACAUUUCUCACGAGUUCAGAUCUGCACAAAAAGGGGGAAGGGAAGAAGUAAUGGAAAGACAAGCUGAAGUGUAAAGCUUCAUGAACUAUACUGUCGUGGUGUGAUAUCACUUAUGUCCUUUUUUUGUGCAUCAAUUUGUACAUCCUUUUCCCGGUUCCGUUGAGCAAACACGUUUCAUCAGAUGAAAAGAAAGGCUUGAAACUGAACAGAACAAAUGCACCUUUUGAUGAGAAAGCUUGAUGCUAAUUAAAGAGCGGUUCAGCUCAGCUUAUAU